CAAAACUGAAACUUGUGAGCCAACUGAUGACCUUGACAUUCCUAUUGCAUUAAGAAAAGGUGUGAGAUCAUGCACCAAUAACCUAUCUGCAAGUACAUCUCAUAUGACAGGUUAAAUCCAAACUUUUGAGCCUUUACUACUAGCCUUGACAAUGUGCAAAUUCCAAAAAAUAUUCAAGAAGCCCUUAAUGAAUUAGAUUGGAAAGCAAUAGUUCUUGAAGAAAUCAAAGCACUAGAGAAGAAUGAGACAUGGGAAAUUUCACAUUUGCCCAAAAAGAAAAACCCAGUUGGAUGUAAGUGGAUCUUCACAAUAAAGCACAAUGAAGAUGGAAAUAUAAACAGGUUCAAAAAUAGACUUGUUGCAAAAGGAUUCACUCAAUCCUAUGAAAUAGACUAUGAGAAGACAUUUGCUUUGGUAGCCAAACACAAUUCACUUAAGAGUUCUAUUGUCACUAGCAAUAACUUGGAUUGGCCUUUCCACCAACUUGAAAUCAAGAAUGCAUUCUUAAAUGGUGACUUGGAGAAGGAUGUCUCCAUGAAAAUUUCUCCUAGUUUCGAAAGCAAGACAAUAUGGGCAUAGCGUGCAAACUUCAAAAAUCUUUGUAUGGACUUAAAUAGUCUCUUCAGGCCAGGUUUGAAUGGUUGACCAAGGCAAUGAAGAGGUAUGGAUUCCUUCAAUGUCAAUCUGACCAUACUAUGUUUGUUAAGUUCACUAAUAAAGGAAAAAGAGUUAUUCUUAUUGUUUAUGUGGAUAAUAUCAUAAUCACCGAAGACCACAAGGAAAGAAUAGAUGAUUUGAAGAAACUCCUUGUAAAGGAGUUUGAAAUAAAAGACUUGGGGUUCCUUAAAUAUUUUCUUGUGAUGGAAGUGGUUUGGUCUAAGAAUGGAAUAUUAGUGUCUUAGUGUAAGUAUGAAAUUGAUUUACUCAAAGAAAACAGCAUGAUUGGAUGCAAACUUGCUAAUACAUCCAUGGACUCAACUAAUAAAAUUCGAAGUGAAAAUGGAAGCUCUCCCACAGACAAGGGCGAUACCAAAGACUAGUUGGGAAGGUUAUUUACCUCUCUCACACACAACCUGAAACUGAGUUUGCAGUAGGAAUGGUGAGUAGAUACAUGAAUAAUAUAACCAAAGAGCAUCUCAAGGCUGUUCAUUGCAUCCUACAAUACUUAAAGAAGAGUCUUAGUGAAGGUCUAUAUUUUAAGAAGUCUAUUAGUCUUAGUGAAGGACUAUAUUUUAAGAAGUCAAUAGACUGGGCAAUCAAGGUGUGCACAGAUGUUGACUGGGCUAGAUUAGUAACAGAUAGAAGGUCCACUACUGGAUAUUGCAGUUAUGUUUGUGGCAAUUUGGUCACUUGGAGAAGUAAAAAGCAAGCUGUUGUAGGUAGAAGCAGUGUUAAGGCAGAGUUUAGAGCAAUUUUCCAUGGUAUUUGUGAAUGAAUUUGGCUGAUGGAGAACUAAAAGUUCAAACUGUGAAAUCUAUGACACUAUUUUGAGAUAAUAAGGCUACUAUAAGUAUUGCCAAAAAUCCUGUUUAUCAUGAUAGGACCAAGCACAUAGAGUUGGACUGACAUUUCAUAAAGGAAAAGAUAGAAAAUGGGUCAGUCAAACUGGCCUAUAUCCCUACAAGUUCACAAAUUGCAAAUAUUCUAACUAAAGCUCUUUCUGGAAACAUUUUUGACAGAUUGAAAUUCAAGCUGAGUAUGAUUAACAUUCAUAACCCAACUUGAGAGGGAGCGUAGAAAUCCAAUUCUCCUACAUUAGUACAGAUUUGAUUCUCUUACAUUACGUCAACUUGAUUUCCUAAUUUAUUUUGGGAAUAUUUCUCAUUUAUUCUUCUGAUUUAGUCACCUAUUCUGAUUGUCAAGUUUUUAGGAAUUUAUUUCUAUUUUAGAAUAGAAUAAUUCUCCUUCCUUUUAUU